AUGGAGGCGACCAUGAAGAAGAAUUCACACGAUGCUAGAAAUCGUCAGUUUUACUCGUUACCAAAAGAGCACACAACCUUAGAACAUAUCGGACAUGAUCAGCAUUCAAAAGAAUGUCUAAUAGAGUAUAUUCGAAAGAAUGUAAUAGGGAAAGACAAAAUUUUCAGUGGCCCAUUUGGAUUGAGAAAAGUGACUUAUGUGGACUACAUUGCCUCUGGAAGGGCAUUGAAGUUUAUUGAAGAUUACAUUCAGAAUGAAGUUCUACCAGAUUAUGGAAAUACACACACAACCACAAGUCUGACUUCUCUACAAACAACACUAUACAGACAUGAAGCCAGGGAUAUUAUUCGGAACUCUGUUCAUGCUAGUGAACAUGACUCUGUAAUCUUCUGUGGAAGUGGAACAACUGCAGCGGUUCAUAAACUUGUUCAUGCUCUUGACUUGGAGCAGGCACCUGUUGUAUUUGUGGGACCUUAUGAACACCACUCCAGCUUCCUGCCAUGGAUAAACAUAAAUGCAGUUAUUGUUAGAAUUAAAGAGGAUGGUAGUGGAAACAUAAGCAUUUCUGACCUUGAGAGUAAAUUACAGCACUGGAAGUCUUCUGGCCGGCCUAUGAUUGGUUGUUUCUGUGCGGCCUCCAACAUCACUGGAGGUUUAGUGGACGUUAACACCAUCACCAUCUGUCUCCACAAACAUGGAGCUCUUGCUUUCUGGGAUUAUGCAACAGCAGCUCCUUAUGUCAAAAUUGACAUGAAUCCUGUGUUAACUAGUUGUGAAGACCAGCCAUAUGUGUACAAGGAUGCUAUUUUCAUGUCAGCUCAUAAAUUCAUUGGAGGAGUUCAGACGCCAGGAAUACUGGUUGCCAAGAAGAAACUAUUCAGAAACAAAGUACCUAGUAACUGUGGAGGGGGAUCUGUGUUCUAUGUGAGAAGGGACAACUAUAGAUUUCUACAGGAGCCUGAGUUUCGUGAGGAGGGAGGAACCCCCGCUAUAGUGGAGUCUAUCAGAGCUGGCCUGGUGUUCCAGCUCAAAAAUGCCGUGUCAACUCAGACAAUCAUGGAGAAGGAAGAGAUGCUUCGCAGUAUUGCUGUUGAGGCAUUGAAGGACAGUGAAAAUCUAGUGUUACUUGGCUCUGGAAAUAAAAACUCUCUUCCAGUAUUCUCGUUCCUCGUGUACAACCCAGAGUCUGGGAGAUUUCUCCACCACAACUAUGUGGCCAGUCUGCUGAAUGACUUGUUUGGUAUCCAGGCCAGAGGAGGGUGUGCCUGUGCUGGUCCCUAUGCAAUGGAUUUACUAGGGUUGGAUGAAAUGACAUCUACUGAAAUAGAGAAUCUUUUAGCCGAGGACACAAGGCUUGAUAGAACGCACUUAAGGAGAUACAGAGAGUAUUCACACAGGGAGAUUAUCAGACCAGGUUUUGUCAGGAUAAAUCUUCCAUAUUUUAUGGAUGAGGAGACAGUUCAGUUUGUUUUGGAGGCAGUUAGAAUUGUAGCAAAAGAAGGGUGGAAGCUCUUGCCUCAGUACAUGUUUAACCCUGAGACUGGAGAGUGGCGACAGAAAGAUUUCCAGGUGUUCAAAGAUAGAAAGUGGCUGGAUCACAUUUCCUACAGAUCAGGAGAGAUGUCCUACAAAGUCCCCCCACAUAUUGUCAAAGGGCCCCUCCCUACUGAUUAUAAAGAUUGCUUGGAGAAGUCCAAAGAACUCCUCAGACAGGCUAUGAAGACAAAAUAUCAGUUGCCUGAUCAUACUCACAUGUUUGAUGACCAGGCUAAAAAGUACCGCUGGUUCCUGUUGCCUAGCGAGGCAGCAGACACUUUGUCUGGGCAUACUGUCCCCAACUUCUCCUCCCAGCUGCCUUUUUGUCCUCCCUCCCUCAGGGACAAGCUUGGGCUACCUCCCUUUGUAUUGGAGGUAAUGAAGAAGGAUGGCGUGGUGUAUGCCCCAGCAACAUUAAACCAGUCAGAGAUGUCACAACAUAGUGAAUUCUCAGAGAAACUCGUUCAGGAUUUGGAGAGAGAGUACAGUGAAAAAGUGAAAUGUGAUUCCGAAAGCACAACUAAACCCACAGGCUGUGAUAAAGAUGAACUUAAUUUGAACUCUGAAAAAACACAGAUUGAUAAUUCUACAGAAAGAGAAGGAGAGGAUUUAAAUGACAGAAAUUCAGAAAUAAAUAAUGUGUGCCCUCUCAUCUGUACUUCUAGAAAAAGAGAUUUACAGGACAAAGCUACUGAUGUGUCUUCCUUGAAUGGUGCUUGUUCAGAUUCCAAACAGAUAAAGCAUGAAAAGACAGAAGUGACCAAGCGAUCAAUGUCAGAUCAUACAAGUAACAGACAAAACACAAAGACUUGUGUCAAUAAAGCAAAGGGUUCUUCUACAAAGAAAUCUCCAGCUAGCAAAUGGUUCUCUCCUCCCAAAACUAUCUUCACUAAAUUUCUUAAGGGUGUUGAGGAUUACAGCAUGCUAAAGGAUGGAGAUCGUGUGUUGGUCUGUCUGUCUGGUGGAAAAGAUUCUUUGUCUCUAUUGCACACCAUCAGACAAUAUCAGUUCUACUGUAAAGCCAAGGGACUGACUUUUGAGUUUGGAGCUGUUACUGUAGAUCCUCAAACCCCCUCUUAUGACCCUAGUCCUCUCAAGCAGUAUCUGGCCAGUCUAAAUGUGCCAUACUUCUAUGAGUCGCAAUGUAUCAUGGACCAAGCCAAGAGCCUGGAGAAUUGUGCAUCAAUCUGCAGUUUUUGUAGUCGAAUGAAGCGAGGCAGAAUUUAUGCUUGUGCCAGAAAAAAUGGCUACAAUGUUCAUGCAUUAGGACAACACUUGGAUGACUUGUGUGAAAGCUUCUUGAUGUCAUUUUUCCACAAUGGGAUCCUGAGAACGAUGAAAGCUCACUAUGAUGUGGAAGAAGGGGAUUUGAGGGUUAUAAGACCAUUUGUGUAUGUCAGAGAGAAGGAUCUACGACUUUUUGCAGAAAAGAAUAAAUUACCAGUUAUUGCUGAAAAUUGUCCUGCCUGUUUUGAAGCACCAAAGGAGAGACACAGAACAAAACAGUUACUGGCAGCCCAAGAAAUUUUGUUUCCAAAUUUGUACAACAGCAUGAUGGCCGCCAUGAAACCCAUCAUGGCCAUCAACAAAACUGGUGUGAAGGUCACUGACUUCCUGAAUCCAAAGGGAGAUGAUAUUGACGAUAUGGACAUUUAAUAAAAUAGAAAACAA